GGUCACCUGAUCACUGCUGCACCAGCACCAAGGAGAAAGAUGUCGCUGACAGACUGGAGAAGGAUGGAGGCUGUAUUAUCCGCGGCGUUUGCCCUCUGCUUACUUGCCGCAACCGGUGUACAUGGAGACAGGUUAACAAUUCUGCAGUCUCCAGAGUUUGUGUCCUUUCAGAAAGGAGACUGGCCUGUCUCCGGAGAGAAGAUCCCUGACUUGGUGGCUUUAACCAUGGGCUUCUCUGUUCAAGAGGAUCUGUCGUGGCCAGGCCUUCAGGCUGGCCCGCUGUUCCAGCGCCCCCGCGCCAACGUACUGGUGGUGGUGAGAGGAGUGGAGGAUAGCCUGGCCCUGCCUCAGAGUGUGGCCUCCUAUCCCUUGGAGAAUCCGGUACCCUUCACCUUGGAUAGUGUCGCAGAGACGGUACACUCUCUGUUUGCUGAGGACACGCCUGUAGUGCUGCAGUUGGCCCCCAGUGAGGAGAGGUUGUAUAUGCUGGGAAAGGCCAACGCUGUGUUUGAGGACCUACCUGUCACCCUGCAGCAGAUCCGUGCUCGUCUGUCCCAGGAUGGCUCUGUGCUGGCCUCUCUGCCGCUCAACUCCCUCAGCAGAAAUGCAGAGGCUGAUUUGCUGUUCCUGUCUGAGGUCCAGGUACUGCAUGACAUCACAGCUCUGCUGCAGAGACACAGACAUUUGGCGAAGGACCACUCACCUGACCUGUACUCUUUGGAGUUGUCUGGUCUGGAGGAGCUCAGCAGGCUCUAUGGCCAGGACUCCCCCCAGUACCGCGAUGCCACUGCCAUUCUGGCCUCUGUCCUGCAGAAAUUUGGAGACGAUGUGUAUGAUCUCUAUGGCAACAGCGCUGUGGUGGAGGUUGUCACAGUCAAGACCUUUGAAGCUCCUUUGACCAGGAAGUCCCGCUCCAUCCUGGAAUCCAAACAGAUUAGUAACCCCGGCAGCCCUUACAACCUGGCCUACAAGUACAACUUCCAGUAUGCCGUGAUCUUCAACAUUGUGCUGUGGCUGAUGAUCGCUCUGGCUCUCGCCGUCAUCGUCGUCGCCUACAACCUGUGGAACAUGGACCCGGGGUACGACAGCAUCAUCUACAGGAUGACAAACCAGAAGAUGAGGGUGGACUAAGUCCUGACCGUCAGCACUCCGGUUGUCCCCUUAGAUCCCUCUAGUGAAUGUUUGUGUUUUGUGUGAGGUCUCGUUUAGUGGAGAACAAACUGUGACAGCUUGAUGGGAGGAAGGGGCGUAAUACUGAGUCGCCUUUUUGUUGAUAACGGGGGGGAAUCAACAUUACAGGAGUGGUUGUUAAAUUUUCUUCCAUAGAGCGGUUUGAUACCCUUCUCCACUGAUAUAUACACUGAAUUCAUUCAGACUUCCUCCCUUCAACCUCAGCUCACAUCAUUCCUUAAGACUUAAACUCCUCACUAACUAUGUUUCAUUUGUUUCCCUAGUGAUUGCAACUGUAUUUUUAUUGUAAAAAAUAUAUUGUAAUAUGAAAGGGUGAGUUUGGUUCCUGUGUGGAAUUGUUGUGCUUGUCUUGCUGUGUGACAUGUUAUAAGUUAAAUAAAAUCUGUGUAUAUAUUGAAUAUACAAAUGCAACUGUAUGAGAAACUGCUGUGCUCUUAUUGUGAAAAAGAUUUGGGCAGUGUUUAGUCCAGAUAGACUGGAGGUUUUCCCCCUGCUUCCAUUCCAAAUGCUAAAUACAUAUUGGAUGACAUGAAUAGUUGAUCAUUAUGUUGUUGGGAUUGGACAAGGAUAAAUGAAGCUCUGUAAAUCGCAAUAAAAUGCCUGACAAUAAAUUAUUCCAUGGAUCACCCUGA